CGGAAACACCGAGAUCAGCCUGUGAUAUCGGAAGGGUCCCGCUUCUCCAAAUGAUACGCAGCGUCUCGCAGGUCUACCCCGCGCUGUAAGCGCUGUAAGAUACCAACUCUCUUACCAUAAUAUCAAUUGCCAUUCAACCAUCUAUCAGAUUUCUGCAUCAACAAGACAAUGUCGUACUCUCUAAAGGGCCGCAACGUCCUCGUCACAGGCGGAUCACGGGGACUUGGAGCCCUCGUCGCGCAGAAGUUCGCAUCCGAAGGCUCCAACAUCGCUAUCAACUAUGCCUCGAGUAAAGAUGCUGCCGAGAAGCUCGCAUCUAAGAUUCAGUCCCAGUUCGGUGUGAAAACGGUUACUAUUCAGGGUGAUGCAAGCCUCGCAGAGGACUGCAGCAGAGCCGUCAAGACGACCAUUGAACAACUAGGUGGUUUGGAUAUUGUGAUUUCCAACGCCGGAUGGACGAAAAUUACACAGUUCAACGAUUUGCAUGCCAUGAAUGAUGACGAUUGGGACAGAUGCUGGUCGACCAACGUCAAAGGCAACAUGUACUUGUUCCGAGAGGCAUUGCCAACCUUCAAUGCGAAUCCCGACGGCGGUGUCUUUCUUAUGACUUCGUCUACUGCGGCUGUUUCGCCAUCUGGAAGCAGUUUGCCCUAUUCUGUAACAAAAGCAGCAGGUUUGCAUCUCAUGAAAUGUCUCGCGCAGACCCAGGGAAGCAAGGUCCGGGUUAACUCUGUUCUUCCUGGUCUUUUGUUGACGGAAUGGGGCAACCGAUUCCCUGCCGAGAAGAUCCAGGGCUAUAAGGAUAUAUCUGUCCUCAAAAAAGUCCCUGAGCUUGAAGACACGGCCAAUGCGUACAUCAUGCUUGCUCGGAACUCAUCCAUGACGGGACAAGCGAUACAGAUUGACGCCGGGUUUGCCAUUAAAUAAACUCUUUGUUGAUAGAAUUUCGCCAAUGCGAGGUCUUUCUCUUCGAAGACUGCAUUCGAUAUCAUCAGUAUUUUUUGGUAGUACAAGUAUCUCAUAGAAGAGUAUCGUGGAAGCCCCGGAACUCGAAAUCGUCCGUACGGACUACUUUGUCACCCAACAAUCCAGCUUUGCGUGCGGCCCGAGCAGCGUUCGUAUUUGGCGCCCCUUCCACGAUCAUUCGGCGUAGAUGGAUUAGCUUCUUGUCAGAAGUCCAGACGUAGAGCUUCUCUUCCCUUUUACCCUCAGUCUGCAGAGAGCUAGCCACAAAUGGCCAGCCCGGUGACGAAGCGAACUCUGUGCAGCCUUCCAGUGGCUGAACUUCUUCCAUCUCCGCGAAUAUCAAUCUCUUCCUUGAUCCUGAAGUCGAGCCGGGCCGAUUAUCUGGUAAGUAAGCCUUGCCCCAUAAUGGGC